UGGCAGUGGUACUGUGUAUUGUUGCAAUUGGCUUUGUCCAACGUCAGAAAAAUCGACAUCCUUAUCCCCCAUCCCCCCAUGUUUUUUAUUCCUCACUCUGUUUUUUCAUCUCUAUUUCUUAUUUCUUCAUCUUCUUCUAUAGCACUCCAUUUUUGGUACUCUUCUUAUUGAAUAUUCAGAAAAAUUCAUAGCUUGCCCUUGCCAUGGCGUCGAUUGCUCACUCGCCGACAUUUGAUGUAAACCCUCACAAAUUCAGCUUCUCAAACCCUAAAUUCACCUCCCAAUUGAAGCGUUCAUCUUCAUCAUUCAGCUCUCAGGCUUUUUCCACCUCUUAUUCCGUCUCUAGGGUUUCCGGUUCAGCUUUCUGUUGCCGUUGCCGGAGCGGCACUGGCGAUGGCGAGACAGCUGAGCCGUCUCCAUCCGCUUCUUCUCAGAACAGCUCUUCAUCUUCUUCUUGGAGAUGGGACUUGGCGUUUCAGGAAGUUGUUAGGAAUGCGAUGAAGAAGUUUGAUGAUUACGUGAAUUGGUCCAAAGGAGCUGAGCUUGCUGAGAGGAGUAGUGCGGAGAAGGAAGUGUGUGUUGAUGGUGAAGAAUGGGAUUGGGAGCGGUGGAAAAAGCAUUUCAUUGAGGUUGAGGAGGAAGAACGGUUGGUUUCUGUUUUAAAGUCACAAUUGGCUCAUGCUAUUAGUAGAGAAGAUUAUGAAAAUGCUGCUAAACUCAAGGUGGGCAUUGCGGCUGCAGCUACUAAAGACAUUGUUGGAAGAGUGAUGUCCCGUCUAAAUAAAGCUGUUGAAGAAGAGCAGUACAAGGAUGCAAUAUUUAUGCGUGAUUAUGCUGGUACAGGAUUGGUUGGAUGGUGGGCUGGAACUUCAGAAGACGUUAAUGAUCCAUAUGGCCGCAUUAUUCGUAUAAGUGCUGAGCAUGGAAGAUAUGUGGCGAGAAGUUACAGUCCGCGCCAGCUCGCUUCGGCUGUGGAAGGUGCCCCUCUUUUUGAAAUAUUUCUUACAGUGGAUGAUAAAGGCGAAUACAGGCAACAGGCUGUUUACUUGAAGAGAAAGCCAGUUCAGCAAGAUUUACCUAUUCCUUCUUCAAAGCUACCUGGUGCUAUCAGUAACUUGGACACUCUUAGUCCCACUGAAAACAAAAGUGAUAUGUUCGAUAAGAUCUCAGAUGCUGAGGAAGAUGGUGAAGAUAGGGAUGACGAUUUUGGCUUUCAGAAUGCAUUGAGAGACAUGAUUCCGGGGGUACAGGUCAAGGUUUUAAAAGUGACAGCUCCAGGGAAGGUAGAUAGAGAUCUAAUAUCAAAGGUCAUUGAGCAAAUAAUGGAUGAGGAAGAUGAAGAUGAAGAAAAGGAUUUUGAUUUAGACGGUGUGGACGAUGAAGAUGAAAUUAAGGUGGAAAAAGAUGGUGAGCAGAAUGUGAUUGAAUUGGAUACAGAUAAUGGGGUUAGUAAUGGUGAAGAGCAGAGCCAAAUUGCGGUUAGGGUGGUUGUUGGUGGUCUUAUGCAAAAUACUUCAAGUGGUGUACAGCGUAAAGACCUUCUUCGAGUACCGGCAAGGCUAGAGAAGAAGGGUCACCUGUCAUUUACUUUCAGUAUAGAGGAAGAUGAGAACAAACGCAAUUCCUCUGGCAGUGGACAAUCUCUCCCAGAUAAAAAGGCUAGGCUCCAAGGUCAACGUAGCUUGGAUCAUGUGAUGCUUGAUCUUGCAAAGUUCAUCGGCAAGGGGAAAAUACCUAUGAAGGUCCUUAAGGAUAUGGGGGAGUUGAUCAGCCUCACUCUUACUCAGGCACGAAAUCGUCAACCACUGUCGAAGUCGACCACCUUUAACCGCAUUGAGAUUUCAGCAUCUCCGGACCCACUAAAUGGAUUAUAUAUUGGUGCUCAUGGUCUAUACACUUCGGAAGUCAUCCACCUUAGGCGAAGAUUUGGUCAGUGGAAAGAAGACGGUAGCCCUAAGGAGUCUUCACGUUUAGAGUUUUACGAGUAUGUUGAAGCUGUAAAAUUGACUGGAGAUUCUUAUGUGCCAGCUGGUCAGAUAGCAUUCCGCGCAAGAAUUGGAAAAAAAUAUCAACUUCCACAUAAAGGGAUUAUUCCAGAAGAAUUUGGUGUGAUUGCUCGAUACAGGGGACAAGGAAGGCUGGCGGAGCCUGGUUUUCGAAAACCCAGAUGGGUUGAUGGUGAACUGGUUAUCCUAGAUGGAAAGUACAUUAAAGGAGGGCCUGUUGUGGGUUUUGUCUACUGGGACCCUGAAUAUCAUUUCUUAGUGUUCUUCCAUCGGCUUAGGCUGCAGGAGUGAACAUCUCUGUACAUACAGUUUGUGGCUGUUUAUUCCUGGUUCAGUUCUUUGUAGUCAACAUGAUAUCUAUUACCACGAAGCGUUGUCAGUUUGAGCUGAAGAGAAGAUUCAAAAAUUCGUUCGUGGCCAGAAUUAAGCAUUUAAAUUUUAUGGAACUAACCAACAAUUUUUGAGUUGAUGACCCCAAUAUUUUCCCUGAUAUACCAAAUGUUCAGGCCUACCGGUGAUUUCUUGGGCACUUAGCUUGUACAUAUGCUCUUUAUGUUAUUAUUCUUUUUUGCUGCUCUU